AUGUCAAGAGACUUCACCAGCAGUUCACUUAUUCCAAAUUUCAACGCUUUGGGUGCUGGUACUCCUGGCGUCGUAAACUAUAAUUUUGACUUCCAACAAACCAAUCAAAUGGUACCCGCUCCUGCUUGGAAUUAUCCAUUUCAAUAUUACAUCCUGCCCAUCUACCGACCACUGAGCAGCAGUCAACCCACUACAAGAAACGCAACAAACCAACUUAACUCCGAAAAGGACUCGCACGGCAUAUACCGAGAAUUCAAUAGAGAUAAAUAUCUCACGAGGUCGCUAAGGAUUCAUCUGGCGGAGAGACUGAAAUUGUCCGAACAACAAGUAAAAGUCUGGUUCCAAAAUAGACCCCCAGCAAACCAAUCAAAUGGUAAAUACUAA